ACAGGCUACCGUACAUUGGUCAGGUGUUUUCUCUUGACAUUCGAUACAAAAUACCCGGCAUUUGAUUGCGACAUCCAUGUAACUUUUGCUUGCCACAUGCCACCAGCACCACUGACGCCACAUCCAGAUUUCUGACAGUAAGAAACACUGAAUGGUGCCUGGUCUGUGAAGCUUUUCAACGUACUAGGGAUUAAAUGGAGAGACAGCCCCUUAUCUCGGGUCAAACUCAGCCAAGAUCAUACAGUGAUAUUGAUGUUGGCCACUCCCUCCAGAAUGAGGACCAAUCAGAAGCAGAAGACAAGCCCUUCCCUUCUCUCAGAACUUCUAUGAGGAGGAGGUUACCAUGGAAACAAAAGGUUGCUGGGCAGGAGAAUGAAGACAUAGACACGAUGAAUGUACUCUCUACAAAGUAUGAGAGUUUGGAUUAUGAUGAAAUUGAGAAUUUCCUCUACUUGAAAGAAGAGAAGAAGAUCAGUUCUAAGAGUGUUCAUGUGCUUCAGAAGGAGCUAUCACGCUGGUUUGUGAUGCUACUGACUGGCAUUGUAACAGGGCUGAUUGCAGUGCUUAUUGAUGUGACCAUCAAGCUGCUCUCAAGAUUAUUAUUAUUAUUAUUAUUAUUAUUAUUAUUAUGUUUGUGCAUCUUUUCAGAGUGUUCAUGUGCUUCAGAAGGAGCUAUCACGCUGGUUUGUGAUGCUACUGACUGGCAUUGUAACAGGGCUGAUUGCAGUAGUGUUCAUGUGCUUCAGAAGGAGCUAUCACGCUGGUUUGUGAUGCUACUGACUGGCAUUGUAACAGGGCUGAUUGCAGUGCUUAUUGAUGUGACCAUCAACUCUCAAGAUUAUUAUUAUUAUUAUUAUUAUUAUGUUUGUGCUUCUUUUCAGAGUGUUCAUGUGCUUCAGAAGGAGCUAUCACGCUGGUUUGUGAUGCUACUGACUGGCAUUGUAACAGGGCUGAUUGCAGUGCUUAUUGAUGUGACCAUCAAGCUGCUCUCAAGAUGGAAAUACCAGACUGUCAGAACGUUAUUCAUAACAGACAACUAUAGCACCGACAUCAUCAAGCCAUUUGCUGUGUGGCUAGCCAUGUGCGUUGGCCUGGUUUUUGUGGCAGUUGUUCUGGUCGCUUAUGGAGAGCCUGUAGCCAUGGGAAGUGGUAUACCACAGAUCAAGUGUUACCUGAAUGGAGUGAAGAUCCCCCAUGUGGUUCGCUUCAAGACAUUAGUUUGUAAGGUCACCGGGGUCAUCUUUGCUGUGGCAGGAGGCCUCACAGUUGGCAAGGAAGGUCCUAUGAUACACGCUGGAGCUGUGGUAGCUGCUGGGGUAUCACAAGGAAGAUCAACAACCUUCAAAAGAGAUUUCAAGCUGUUCCAGUACUUUCGUUCUGAUCAUGAGAAACGAGACUUUGUUUCUGGAGGUGCUGCGGCAGGUGUAGCAGCUGCCUUUGGGGCACCUGUAGGAGGCGUGCUCUUCAGCUUGGAAGAGGGGGCAAGUUUCUGGAACCAAUCCCUGACAUGGAGAAUUUUCUUUUGUUCCAUGAUGAGUACAUUCACCCUCAAUGUUGUGAUGAGUGCUGUCAAUGGAGAUGCUUGGAGUCUAUCAAGCCCUGGACUUAUCAAUUUUGGAGAAUUCACAAUCCCACCUAACAAGGUAGCUUAUCAAGCUUGGGAACUACCAAUCUUCAUGGUGAUGGGACUCAUAGGAGGACUCCUGGGGGCGCUCUUCAAUGCUAUCAACUAUCGUCUUACCAUCUUCAGAAUGAAAUACCUGCACUAUUCAUGGUCCCAGGUGCUGGAAGCCGUGUUAGUAGCUGCAGUGACUGUGACUGUUUGUUUCUUGGUGAUCUAUAUCAGUUCUGGUUCAGACUGCAGACCCCUGGAUAAUACUCAGUUCCCUCUCCAGUUAUUUUGUGGCGACGGAGAGUACAGCGCCUCUAGCACACUGUUCUUCAAUACACCUGAAGAAUCGGUUAAACUUCUCUUCCACAAAGAACCAGGUUCAUAUGAUUUAGCUAUCCUAUCGGUGUUUAUUGUGACAUACUUCAUCCUGGCGUGUUGGACGUAUGGUUUGAGUGUACCUAGUGGUUUAUUCAUCCCAUCAUUACUGGUAGGAGCUGCCUGGGGUCGUAUCUGUGGUAUUCUCAUCAAUAUGAUUCCAGUAGUGAAUAAUGUUGCAUCAGAUCCAGGCAUCUAUGCUUUGAUAGGAGCCGCAGCACAGUUAGGUGGUGUUGUGCGUAUGACAAUCAGUCUGACGGUCAUCCUGAUGGAAGCUACCGGUAACAUCUCCUAUGCUCUACCCAUCAUGGUCGUCCUGGUCAUCGCUAAGUGGAUCGGUGAUAUCUUCAACCAUGGUCUCUAUGAUAUCCACAUCCAGGUUCAAAGUGUGCCGCUGUUACCAUGGGAACCACCUCCAUUAGGCUCUACUAUCCGUGCCACAGAAGUGAUGAGUGACCCCGUCAUUACAUUCAACACAGUAGAGAGGGUCUCACUUAUCUAUGAAGUUCUGAAGGAUUCAAGUCACAAUCAUAAUGGAUUCCCUGUGGUCGACCCUGAUGGUGAGACGCAUGGAACGUUUAGAGGCCUGAUAUUGAGAAGCCAGCUCAUAGUGCUUCUCAAAGAAAAGGCAUUUAGUUUGUGGCCUUCAAGUCAAGAUCCUCGAGUCCUCCUUCAGAUUGAAGACUUCCGUGAUGCCUAUCCACGCUUCCCGGACAUACGAGAUAUCAACAUAUCCGAGUUAGAGGGAGAUUGUACAAUAGACCUCAGACCAUUCAUGAAUCCUUCUCCGUACUCUGUUAGGAAGGACACAUCUUUACCCAGAAUAUUCCGUCUGUUCAGAGCUCUUGGUCUAAGGCAUGUCAUAGUCACGGAUGAUUCCAAUAGGGUUGUGGGCAUGGUGACAAGGAAAGACUUGGCCAAGUAUCGUUACUGGAGUCAUCGAGGCUCCUGUGGCAUUGAAGAGUUACACAUAGCUAGGUGAUCAGCUACCUUGACAACUUGGCUACUAUGACGUCACACUUCGGUACUCUAUAGCAUUUGGAAAGGAAACAACAUAGUGCAGAUACGAGUCAUGCAAGUUGUAAUGACUGAAAUAUUGAGGAGCAUUGUGAUUUCCUUCUGUCUUCCAUAUUUAUCAGAAAUGUCUGAUUGGGUGAUAAAGAGUUUGGAAACAAAUAGGUUUCAUGAGCAUUUCAUAUAGCUUCCUUACCCUUACACCUUUGAAGUGCUUCCUGUGUGUAAUGGUAGACCACUCAGGCUGUUCAGAAGCAUCUAAUGAUCUGUUUCUCAUGAAUGGACUUGUAAUAUUCAUGAAAAACCUAACAGAUGUAGCCUUUAACCACAAGAAUAUAAACACAUUUUUAUGCAAGAUGACAAUGUAUACAUAUUAAUCUGGAUUAUUUAGUGAAAAUAGACUUUCACAUGGUCACUACAUUUUUGUAAGUCUUCAAACUUUGCCUCACAAAUAUGUUUUCAUGGGCCCAUUAUGUGGCUAUUGUUCACCUUUCAUUGUCCAUUUCAAUGUAAGCGCUGUUCUAUUUUAUCUAAAUUCACAUUCAUAUACCUGUCUUGAAUUUGAACAUAAAGACAAUCUUUAGUUUGUCAAAAUUUCUCAGAUACAACAUAAAAUGUUGGUGGUUAAAACUGUCUACAGAAUUAAAAUAGAAAAAUAGAGAAAAUUAUGAUACAUACUGGUACAUGUGCAGUAUCCAACAUCGGUGACUACACCCCUUAAUACAUAACGUUGAAUAUAUUAAUGUAACUUUUUAUUUGUAUUAAAAACACACACCUUUGAUACAGCAGUGACAGAGACAGCAUUCUGUAAUCCACUUAUACAUAUAGGUUUAAAAUCCAUGGAAAAGAGAGCACAUACAGGAGUUUCAUUGGAAUAUUUAAUAUUUUAAGAGUUGUUAGUGCCUAAUUGUGUUGGAUACUGUAUAUAGGUGCAUUUCACUAUUUCAUUGAAGCGCACAUAAUACAAUGUAGCUGUAUAACUUUGUACCAGACAUAUCCACCUAUCACAGUCAUGAUGGUGUAAGAAUUGCAAGUUUAAAAUACAAUUGACAGUGAUCAUAGUCCUUUCAGAAGUAUGAUGGACUUAUGAUUAUAUAUACACAAGGUAUUAUUGAAAUACAAAACACUAGCAAUACCGGUAGGUCAAAUUCUGCAUUGCUUGUAUCGCACAUUUUUAGUACAGAUAACAGAAUGAAGUGUAUAAAUAUAAGAUACAUAUUUUUAAAUGUGUUCAGAGUUAGUUUCAUGAUCUUGAUAACGUUUUGUAGCUUAACCAUGAUGAAGUAACGUACAAUUAGUAUAUUCAGUGAUAGCAAAUGAUCCUACAUGUAAUGUGUAUUGUUUGUAAUGACAUGUAUGUACCUGUUUGUAUAUGAAAUAUAUAUUGUAUUUAAUACUAUGCACGUUGUGUGUUCCCAACUCUGCUGUAAUUAUGAUAAGUGUUCACAUCCAAAGAUGGAGACAGUGCUAAUUUUCUGCUAUGAUAAUGAUUGCAUUUGAAUAUAAAAUAUUUCACAGUAGACAUUAUUGUGCUGUAUAUUUCAAUUAAUUUAUGUAUUUACCCUAAUAUCUAAAUUAAUACUGGUGUAUCUAUUA